AUGGCGGAGACCGGUGCUGCAAUGCGAGCCCUCGCGUCGCAUGGUCGCCCAGUGGAAGAGAAGAGCCCUGGCAUGUCCUCGCGCCCUCUCUCGCAUGCUGAGCUCGCCCCUUCUCGUACCUCUCUCUCCAACGAGAGCAUCAGCUUCAGCAAUCGCAUCCAGAAACCAGCCACUCCCGGACUGCAAGCAGGCAACACCUUGCCUGCAUGGUCAUCACCCCCCAGAAGCGGGCAUGCCACGGACGCUCUUUCAACUUUCUCCAACUCGAGAGCAUUGUCCUUAUCAGAUCAUGACAACAUCUCCGUUGAACAUGCUAAAAGGAUUUUUCUUCAAUCAUGGACUUCGCACGUCGAAAACAUCAAGAAGUCCAUAGAGAUGAGCGAGCGACAAGCACAUUUGUCGAAAUACGACGAUGUGCUAGCAGACUGCUGCAAGCGAUCCUUGGCUAAUAUCAACACGGACACAUCUUACUUUCAAAUGACGGGCAAGGUAGAAUAUCGACAUCUGCCCAGCCUGAUUGAGAACGCAAAAAGUUACACCACGAAUCCCAAGUAUACAGAGUGGCAGUCAGGCAUUUUGAAUGCACUUCCUUACUUAGAAGGAGCACUGCAGAAGCUCAAGGGGCUUGAGAUUCCAGCAGCCGAGAAGGACAUCAUUGAUUCAAUUCGAAUCGCCGUCAACACGCCCUUCAUGCAGAUGAUCAAGUGCAAGGAGAAGCAGGCAGACCUGCAAAGCAAGCUCAACGUAGACAACGACAGCACCUCGUUCCCCGCGUACAUGCAAUCACUGUACAACGAGUUCCAAGCGUCUCAUCGAGAGCGGAAGAUGCAGAGAGCGUUAGACCUGGUGCAGCAGAUUGAGCGAGCAGUGGAGGACGCGAGCUCCAACCUCUUGUCUCGCCUUGAGACCUACGCGGAAGCGAAGAAGAUGAUGAACGCAGCCUACGACCCCAACAACCCGCUGGACACAGACGACUACGAGCCUCCCCAUAGCCUGGCGAUCUCAAGCCUCGAAGGGAAGCUGCGAGAGAUUGAGGUGCAACGAGCACGUUGGCAAAACGACCUCAACGUGCUCAACGAGAUGAACCACUCCGACAGCGUCCUCAGCCACCUGCAUGCUCAAGCUCGCGCAAGUAGCAACAGCCACAAACGAGCUCUGCAAGAGUUGGACACAGCAAACGAGCACGUGAAACAUUGCUGGGAUAGUUUGAUGGAUGCUCAACGGAAAGCUGCUGAAGCCGAGAGGGAGUACAUCAUCGCCAAGCUCAAGGAAGAGGUGGACCAGCAGCUGAUCAAGGACGUCAAGGAGCAUAUCGACCAGCACCGCCGCAAUCUAGAAGAGAGCAUCAUCAGCUGCGACAAGUACUGUGACGUGCUGAACAACGUCCGGCAAUACAUCGACUGUCGCUGGGAGCCCUGGAAGCAGAUCGUGAGCAACGACACGAGGCAGUUUGUGACGGAGGUGUGCGAAGUCUUCGCCAUCACCGAGAAAGCCUUGGGCGACUUGAUCGACCGCAAAAUGGCGCAGGUGGGAGCAGUUGGACCCCGGAGCAGACAGUGA